UCUGCUAGAGAAGCCACGGCAGGCGUGUCAAUAGUCUCUGAGAGACAAGAAAACCAGAUUCUGGAUCAAACAGGGGCCCAGAUGGGAGAGUAGAAGCUGCCUCUCUCAGAUGGCGAGCUGUCGCACGCGAUGGGAAGAGCUAGCAAAAGCCCGUGGAAAAGCCCACAAAUGACAGGGGGGAGGGAGGCAAUUGCAAGGCAGAUUCUGACUGUUCACAGGCUAAACAGCAUCCUCUGUAACCUGGGGCCAGGGCCAGAAGGCUACAUAGUAUGGCGAGGGGAGGACUGGAGGGAGCGGGGAGCAGGAGAGAGAAAGGCGGGCGAGCAGGACCGGAACGGGAUGAUCGUUUCUUCUGCCUCGCUGGGCCCUGGAUUCUGCGCCCUCCAGCCAGCACUGGUUGGCACCCCUUCCCACCAAGAGGGAGGAAAUGGGACUCACAGGAAAAGGAGAUGGAAAAGAAAUGAAAAACACAGAAAUAUUUAUUCGAUGCGGCGAUCUGCCAUUCAUUCCGCAUCAAACCCCGCUCGCAACCGCUUUCGAACGAAGCGCUCGUUCCUGCGCAGAGCCCAGACAUGCCCUCCUUACCUCUUCUUCUUCUCUUACAUCGAGAGGUCUUAUUUUUCAGACAAUACUUCGUACGGAUGGUGUGUUUGGGACUCUGUGGCUGCUAAAUAUCACCUCUGCGUGAGCUUCCGCUGGCUGCCCGAGGCACACCACGAAUUGUCUCUGCCUUCCCUCCGUUUCUUUCAGCACAUGCACGCUCUAUGGUGAUACCCGUUUUGUGUUACCUUGUAUUGGACUGAGGGGAUUAUCCUGUCUCUAGACUUGGUGUUGCGUGUCAGAGAGAGAAACCCGGUGUCUUGGGAUCACGGAGAUUUGAGGAACU